AUGGCGGACGCAGACCGCGAGAAAACCGUGCUCGACGCACACCUCGAGACAAUGGUGACCUCCGCCUCCACCGAUGAGAAACACGCCGACAUCCUCAACCAAAACGCCCAAGAAGCCACACUCAUCGAGCACGACCUGACCCUCCGCGAAGCGUUCCGCCGCUACCCAAAGGCCAUCUUCUGGUCCGUGAUGGUAUCCACCUCGAUCAUCAUGGAAGGCUACGACAUCGUGCUGGUCACCUCCUUAUUCGCCCAGCCGGCCUUCGCAAAGCGAUAUGGCCAUUUAGUCGCCCACGGGUCGUAUCAGGUCCCGGGGCCGUGGCAGUCCGCUCUGUCGUGCGCAGCGACCGUGGGCGCCAUCUUCGGGGCGUUUGGGAACGGUUACUUCCAGCAUCAUUACGGCUAUCGCAAGAUUUUGCUGAUUAGCUUGGUGGCCAUCGCGGGGUUCAUCUUCUUGCUCUUCUUCGCCACGAGCCUGGGCAUGCUCGAGGCCGGCUUGAUCCUGUGCGGCAUACCCUGGGGCGUGUUCGCAACGCUUGCGCCCGCGUACGCGUCCGAGGUGUGCCCCUUGGCUCUGCGUGGCUAUCUCACCGUCUACGUCAAUCUGUGCUGGGCGUUUGGCCAGCUGAUCGCCGCGGGCGUGCUGCGCGGAUUCGUUAACGGCACGGACCAGUGGGCGUACCGUAUCCCGUUCGCGAUCCAAUGGGUGUGGCCGAUCCCGCUGUUCGUGAUUCUGUGGUUUGCGCCCGAGUCGCCGUGGUGGUUGAUACGCAGAGACCGCACCGACGACGCCAUCCGCUCUAUCAGACGCCUGUCCCAGGCGACACAGGAGUCGGCCCUACGCACCGUCGCGCUAAUCGUGCACACCAACAAAAUCGAGGACGAGGCCGAGACGGGCACCAGCUACUGGGACUGCUUCCGUGGGGUUGACCUGCGCCGCACGGAGAUCGUCUGCAUGACCUUUGCCGCGCAGAUCUGGUGCGGCUCCUCCUUGGGCGGCACGCCGGCCUAUUUCUUCGUCCAGGCCGGGCUCGAUCCCUCAGUGUCCUUCGACUUCUCUGUGGGAGGCCUGGGCCUGGCCUCCAUCGGCACCAUCAUCUCGUGGUUCCUGCUCGGCCACAUCGGCCGCCGCGCGCUCUACGUUUGGGGCCUGGCCAUCCUCGCCAUCCUUUUGUUACUGGUCGGCAUCAUCGCGUCCGCAUCCUCAUCGUCAGCCAGCAGCUUCGGGCAAGCCGGGCUGGUCCUCGCCUGGCUGUGGACGUACUAUCUGACCGUUGGACCCGUGUGCUAUGCCAUCAUCUCCGAGAUCCCUUCCUCGAGCCUGCGCAACAAGAGCAUCUGCCUCUCCCGCGUCGCCUAUUACCUGUCCCAGGUCGUCGGCAACGUCAUCUACCCGUACAUGGUCAACCCCACCGAGGGCAACUGGAAGGGCAAAGCUGGUUACUUCUGGGCUGGCACGUGCUUUGUGUUCUUCGUCUGGGCCUAUUUCCGCCUCCCGGAGACGAGGAACCGGACGUUCGAGGAGAUCGACAUUUUGUUCCUGGAGGGUGUCAAGGCGCGAGAGUUCUCCAAGUACCAUGUCGAUGCCUAUGCUAGCGGCAACGACUCACGCCUGAAGACAAGGUAG